ACAGAGGAAUAUGGUGACGUUACAGGUUCCCGACUGGAUCUAGUCAGAGCUGAUGAGCGGAGCUGUUGACGGUGAACUUGAGCUUCCCCCUGACACUCGAGAGACGAGGCAGAACGCAGCGCACUGAUUGGACACGGCGCGAAUCAUGGCAGAAGAGGGCAGGAGGUCAAGGGUCAAGGAGGGAGGCUGGGGCUGGAUGAUCGUCGCCGGGUGUUUCUUGGCGAACAUCUGCACUCGCGCCGUGACCAGAUGCGUGUCCAUAUUCUUCAUAGAGUUCCAGCAGAACUUUGGUCGGGAUUACUCCUCCACGGCCUGGAUCCACAGCACCAUCGAUGGGAUCACGAUGUUUUGUGCGCCUCUGGGGGGUUUCCUCGGGAACCACUUCUCGUGCAGGUCGAUAGUGAUGGCGGGGGGGCUGCUGUCCUUCACUGGGAUGGUGCUCAGCUCGUUUGCCACCAGUCUGCCGUAUCUGUAUGUGACCAUGGGCAUUGUGACAGGGCUUGGGUUUGCUCUGAGCUACACUCCAUCUGUGGCGAUGGUGGGGAACUACUUCCACGAGAGAAAAGCUCUGGCCUACGGCAUUGGCCUCUCAGGUAGCGGCAUCGGGACGUUCAUCCUGGCCCCUGCCGUCCAGCUGCUGAUAGAGCUGUACUCCUGGAGAGGGGCUCUGCUGGUCCUGGGCGGGUUCGUGGCCAAUCUGUGUGUGUGUGGAGCUCUACUGAGGCCCGUCAAACCCAAACCUGAAGAGGACGACAGGAUAUGGGAAGACAAAAUGGCUGCCCAGAAAGAUUACGAAAUGCCAAAAAACACCGACUUGAUUUCAUUAGAUCUCACCAAAGAAGAACUGGCUCAACUCGAACACGACAACGCCAACAACUCCAACAAUAACAAGUCUAUCGAGAGCAGGACCGUGGCGAGCAUGAACCUGAAGAACACGACCGCGGAUAAAGACAGUCAGAACUUUUUACCCGGCGAUGCAAACAUGCCCCGCGCCUGCAUCGUGAGCCCCAAACCCUGCGGCCUGUGUCUGUGCCUGGAGUCGAAGGAGGAGUUCAGGUUCCUGUUCCACCCGGACUUCCUCAUCCUCCUGGUGUCCGUGCUGUUCAUGGCGUUCGGCUGCAGCGCCCCCCUGGUUUACCUGGUGCCCUACGCUCUCAGUGUGGGCGUGGACCACCAGAACGCCGCCUUCCUCAUGUCCAUAUUCGGCAUCAGCAGCAUCGUGGGGAACAUCACGUUUGGUUGGAUCACAGACCGGCCAUUCCUGAAGAAACACCGCCUCCUGAACUACAUGUGCGCGGUGCUGAUGGAGGGUUUGUGCUGUAUGGUUUUCCCGUUCCUCCUCUCGUUCCCCGGUCUCGCCGUGUGCGUCGUCCUUUACGGAUAUUUCGACGGGGCCUACGUGGCGCUCAUCCCCGUGGUCGUCUCAGAUGUGGUCGGGCCCUCGUGCUUGACCCCGGCUUUGGGCGUCGUCUACUUCCUCCACGCCGUACCUUACCUGGUCAGCCCGCCCAUCGGAGGUCUGCUGGUGGAUACGACAGGAGCGUACACCUCGACCUUUCACCUCUGCGGGGCCUCGUAUGUCAUCUCAGCUGGAAUAUUAACAGUUGCGAUGGCGGCCAAGAGGUGGUGGAGUUCCAAGUCCACUUCUGUUGUAUAAUACUUUACAAACUGCAAAACUCCAUGUGGAAAACUGCAGUAAAACACUUCAACUCCAGGUGGAACAAUUACGCAAUUCCCGAUGCUGCAACUGUCCGCGUCCGGAGGUCUGUGUGAGUGACGUAAACGGAUAUUUUUGUAUUUUUCAUGCAUAUAUAGUGUCCAUCCUCUCCAUACGUUGUCAUGUGUGGUGCUAUUUCACUAUAUUUUUACCAUGACGCUGUUACAGUCAGUAUUUGUUAUAAAUAAUGGCUGAAUUGACUAAGAAUGAUU